ACUUAGUGGUUCAGUCUGAAUGUGCUGCGCCUUUGCGUCUCCUACAAUAACACGUUUGUUUCCGAAACUGCUUUAGACUUAACUGUACAUUUUGUAUGAGUCUAUAAAGCAUGUUUAAUUUCAGGUGUGUUUUGCAUAAUUCCGUCCGUACCGUCUGUCGACAGCUAGCUGCCUCGCUAAACGGAAAUGGGACUUCCCUGGUUGGGGGAGGAAGGAUGCCUCUACAGAGAUCAYUACAGAGCAGCGCUGUGAGACUUCAGGAGGAAGAAGCGUCGGAGGAAAAAUCAAAGAGCUUCACAUAUUUUCCUCCUCUGCCUGGUCAAGACAGCCCACUGAGAUGGAAUGGGAUGAAGUUUGAAGAGCUACCAAUUCUUCACAUUAAGGCUACAUUUAACAACACACACAUCAUGCUAACAGACUGCGCGGGUCAGUAUAUUGAGAGGACAUCCUGCGGCAGAGAGGGCUUCAAGAACAUUAAGAAGUCGACGCCCAUCGCUGCUCAGACUGCAGGCAUCUCCAUCGCCACUAAAGCCACAGAAAAGGGAGUCAAGUUUGUUCGUGUUGUAGUCAAAGGUCUUGGUCAAGGACGCCUGUCUGCAAUCAAAGGCUUGGCGAUGGGAGGCCUGGAGGUAGUAUCGAUCACUGACAACACCCCCCUGCCGCACAAUGGAUGCCGCCCACGUAAAGCCAGGAGGUUGUGAUGUCUGAGUACCGGAGUGCUUUGAAGAAGCUGUUAACUCGUCGUAUGCUAAUAAAGUAUUUUUACGUGGAA